GUGCUGACCUAGUCUUCCAAAAGGCCUUUCCUUUUUCUCUGCCUUUUGCUAUCCACUCGCCAUUUACGACGAAGAGAGAGACAAAGACUAGUGAAUCAACUAUUUAGCUCGAUCCUACGUUGGUGCUUAUGCUCGUUUUCAUAAUAUCUAACUAAAUAUUUCGAUGUAAAUGAAUCGAAGUCUCAAUGAAUGAAAGAUAGUUCUAAAAAACGUGAAAAUUAUUUUAAAAACAAAGUUGUGUGCGAUUCUGAAGAUCAGCGAUUGACUGUUCGAUUUUCAAGACCUUUACGAGUCAUUGAGAUAAUUCUGAUACUCAUUGAGCUGCGAUCUUAAAUAUAAUGACAUCAACCGCGACUAUCAAGGACAAACCUCCGAUGAUUACAGUAUGCAAACAAGAAUUAUACGAACACUGGCUGAAAAAUGCUCCAAAGAUCAUGUUCGGUGAACAUCAACUAUCUAUUGAAAUAAGUGAAAUCGAUGAGUUCUUCAUCCUGAAGGCCAAGAAAGAUUUACGGGAGACACCAGAAAUUGUUGCUCAAGGUUUCAAGGAAUUAAGAGAGCUGCUUGCAGGAGAACCUGAUCUGCACGUACCGGACAUAGACGAUUUUUACAUAACAUUCUUGCGACCAUGUAAAUGGUAUGCGAAAAGCGCUUUCUCGCUCAUAAAACGAUACUAUCGGUUCCGCUUAAAUUAUCCACACAUAUAUACCGAUUUGUUGAUCACUAAACAGAAGACUGCACUUUGCGCCGGUUUAAUAUAUCCGUUGCCGAUUCGUACUCAAGAAGGAAGCAGAGUGCUAAUAGUCGAAGCCGGAAAACGAUGGAAACCGAAGGAGGUGUCGACCAGUGACUUUUUUAAAGGCCUGAUAUUGGUCUUAUAUUUGGCGAUGGUGGAAUACAAAACUCAGAUCGCAGGUGCGCAUAUCAUUUUAGACGUCGAAGGUUUAUCUCUUAGCCAUGUGACGUAUAUUACACCAAGUUUUGCUAAAAUGAUAGUAGAUUUUAUACAAAGAUGUAUGCCCACCCGGCUCAAAGGUAUCCAUAUUGUGAAUCAAUCCUUCAUUUUCAACAUGGCAUUUGCAAUAUUCAAACCAUUCCUGGAGGAGAAAAUUCGCAAUCGGAUUCACUUUCAUGGAACAAAUUGGGAUUCCUUAAAGGAUUUCAUUGAUAAAAGAGCAUUGCUUAAGAAGCAUGGGGGCGAGUUAAAAAUGGCUGAAGGACAAUACGGCGUAAUUUUUUGGCAGAAUAUGCUUUCAUGUGAACCCGCCUUCGAAGCUGAGCAAACUUAUGGAUACGUAACUAAUAAAGAUAAGAAAUGAUCUCUACAGAAAUUUGAUCGGUCAAUACGUUACUAUCAUCAAUCAUUAUGGUUUGAAACCAUACUCAAGAAGCUAUAAUAAAAAAUAAUAAAAUCAUUGACGUCCGAUACUUGAAAGAUGCGGAUGUAUUUUUAAUAAAAUACAUACAGCUCGCGGGUAUCACUUCGUCUGAAAUUCGUAAUCGUAUGAAAAGAAGUGUUUCAUCAAAUCAUGGCAUAUUAGAAGUAAAUUUUGUAUUAAAAAAAAUACAAUAUAUCA